CAUAGGUACUCCUAUUUACCAUAGGCCAGGCCCACAGUAUCGCAAGCUAGAUCGAGGGGCUCACUUCACAUUUACAAAUGUAGCUGGGCGUUCCAUGAAAAGGCCAGCUCUAAGGAAAAGCGCGAGGGGAGAGGGUGAGCUAGAAUGUGAAUGUAGAGAAGAUACAAAAUAGGCUUUGGCAUUUGAAGGAUUGAUCCUGCAUUAAUAAGGCGCAUGGCAGUGCGGAGGAUGUUGCGGGGCGUCAUCUUUGAUAUGGAUGGGACGCUCACCGUGCCUUGUCUCGACUUCUUCGAGAUGCGUCGGCGAUGCGGGGUCACUCAGGGGGACUUGCUCGUGGAGAUUGAGAAGAUGUCUCCAGCCAAGAAGCAAGCGGCGAUUGAUGUCAUCACGGAGAUGGAAACAGAGGCUAAGGAAAAGAUGGAGAUCAUGCCAGGGGCCAAAGAUCUCUGCGACUUCCUAGAUCAGAGGAAUAUUUGGCGCGGCCUCGUCACACGCAACGUCAGCUCGUCCGUCGACCACCUCCACCGCAAGAUGGGGAUAACGCCGUUCUGGCCGGCGCUCGCUCGCGACUUCUUGCCGUUCAAGCCGGACCCCGCGCCGCUGCUGCACAUCUGUGAGGCGUGGAAGGUGCAACCAUCGGAAGUGAUGAUCGUCGGGGAUAGCGCCCGGGACGAUAUUGUCAUGGGGAGAGUUGCUGGCUCGUACGCUGUUCUGAUAGACACGGAACAAAAGUAUGGGCCCAUUGAAUCCCUUCCAGAGUUGCAAAGGCCUCAUUAUAAGGUAACUUCAUUAGCAGAGGUCGGCCACAUUCUGCAAACCAAAUUUGAGUUGGUGCCAAAGGAGGGCGUUGCUGAAAGGGAGUCAGCACUAUGAUGACAUCGCUGCCUGGUUGCUCUAGGCACACUGAGCGGCGACCACAUGGAUAAAAUCCGAUCGCGCUUUUCAUACAUUGAUAGCUCAUGGUCAUGCGGCCUGCAAUAACUUCACAGUGAAUCCCU